UAUCAAAGUUCUUUCUUCUAAAAAGGGCCUUACUUAAAAGGAGGUAACAGCAAUUUCAAUUGAUCUGGACCGUCAAGCCAACUCCCAAAACGAGCCAUCUGUGACGUUACUCGACUAGAGAGAAACACACAUAAGGAGAAGAGAAGAAGAAAGAUAUCGUAAAAGCAACAGCGCGAUGGGAGACACCGUCUAUGAGGAUUUGCUUCUCAAGAGCUUCUUCGCCGAAGUCAGCGAAGUUGAAAGAGAUAACGAAGUCCUCAGGAUUCUAUCAUGCUUCAAGCUGAAUCCAUUUGAGUACUUAAACCUACCAUUUGAUGCAACUCCAGAUGAUAUAAAAAAACAGUAUCGUAAGUUAUCUUUGUUGGUUCAUCCUGAUAAAUGCAAGCAUCCACAAGCAAAAGAAGCUUUUGCAGCACUGGCAAAAGCACAGCAACUAUUGGGUGAUGAACAAGAAAGGGAUUAUAUUCUUACUCAAGUUAAUGCAGCAAAAGAAGAACUUAGGGCAAAGAGAAAGAGGCAGUUGAAGAAAGAUGCAGCCUCUAAAAUAAAGUCAUUAGUUGACGAGGGAAAAUAUGAGCAACAGUAUGAACAAUCAGAGGAGUUUAAGCAGGAGCUGAAAUUGAAGGUUCGAGAAAUAUUAACACAACAAGAAUGGCGGAGGAGGAAAAUGCAGAUGAGGAUAUCAGAAGAGGAAGGUAGAUUGAAAAAGGAUGAAGAGGAACAAAAAGAAAUGUGGAAGAGAAAGCGUGAGCACGAGGAGCAGUGGGAAGGAACAAGAGAACAACGGGUUUCAAGCUGGAGAGACUUCAUGAAGACAGGAAAGAAGGGUAAGAAAGGAGAAAUUCGACCCCCAAAGCUCAAGACAGAGGAUCCCAACAAAUCUUAUGUUCAAAGGCCUGUAAAGCGAGGUUAACUGGCAUGGUAGAUUUAUGAUUGCUGUGAUUGACAACUACUUGAGUUUUCUCAGUAUUUCAAGGCAUUGGAUGUAGAGUGAAAUUGUAUGGAUUCAUAGCCUUGUCUGUAAAAGGGCUUGUUACUGCUCAGAAAGAAGCCUUUUAGCUUGUCUUGGGCCUCGUUAAGUGAAGCCAAAUUCCGGUUUGGGAUUUGAUCCUUAAUUAGGUUAGAACCAUUGAAGGAGAAUGUAUAAUGCAUAUAUUAAUAUUUAUGAGCUAUAGCAAGCACUGUUUUAAAAGCCGGACUAGACCGGACUGGUCGGUCCAAUCGAUUGGACUGUGAACCGGUCACGUGUCCGGUUCGAGUCAGCAUAAAACCCGCUAUUGCGCAAUAAACCGUUUUAACCUGUCAUUAGA